AUGCACAAAUCUGUAGCUGACUAUCGCAGUCAUAGCUUAUUCGUCCUUCCAGCUCGAAGUCUUGGACAGGGACUUUUUUCACAUAACCAUCACCGGACCGUCGCAUCUAUAACGGACACGUCCGUCCAGCCGGAGGCUUGGACAGGGAUUAACUUUUCGUUUCGCUGUUCGUUUGGGUUUUUUUUUUGGGGGGGGGCAUUUUUUUUUCAUCACGUGGUCUUUGAUUUUCAAAUUGGAGCAUUUUCUUGUGUGAGAGAAAAGACACUUUCUCUCACUAACACUUUCUCUCACCUGCAGGGUUACAGAGAGUUUAGUGUGGUUUCCUCAUUUGGGAUCCAUCCGGCUAAAUUAUGUUGUCAACACGUGACAGUCUGGUUAAUAUUUGUCAACAUUCAGUUCUACCCUAUCUCUUUGCUUUUCUAUUUUUACGCUUUCUGUGAGUACAGACCUUUUUUUUAA